AUGAAUGACUAUCCUCUACCACCCGAAAUUCAUCCACCACCAGAGAAAACAAUCCAGAUAAUCUCAACCUCCAUAGUCGAACCAGCAGCAUCACCGCCAAACACCACUAACCACCACGACAUCGAAAUCCAAUUCACUCCAUUCGACAUCCAAUUCCUCCCUCUCCAAUACGCCCAAAGAGGCCUCUUAUUCCGCAACCCAUCUCCACAAAAACCCAAUUCACCAUCCACAAUCCCACGCCUGAAAACCACUCUCUCCCGAGCCCUCUCCAUCUUCCCACCCUUCGCCGGCCGCCUCGCCGCCGUCCAGUACGACGACGACGGAACCGCCUCCUUCUCUCUCAACUGCAACGGCGCCGGAGCCCUCGUCGUUCACGCCGUCGCUAAUGGACUCUCUGCCGCCGACAUUCUCCAUUCGGACGACCCCACUUCCCCCGGCGUUCUUCACUCCCUGUUCUCCAUGAACGGAGCGUACGGCUGCGAGGGAGUCUCCAAACCGCUGCUGGUGGUUCAAUUCACCCAGCUAGCAGAUGGGUUUUUCAUGGGUUUCACGUUUUCUCACGCCGCUGCCGAUGGGUCGUCCUUCUGGCAUUUCCUCAGCACUUGGUCCGAAAUUUCCCGAAACGCUGCCGCGGAAUCGGUGUCGCCGCAGUCGGAAUUGAUAUUGGAAAAUCCGGUUCCGGUGAUUGGGACUUGGUUCCUCGACGGGAUAGAACCCCCAAUUCGAUUCCCAUUCUCAUUCGACGAAACGGUUCAAAAACCCCCAAUCAGCCUUCCCCUGCCUCCUCUGCUCCAGAGGAUUUUCCAUUUCAGCAAGGACAAAAUCGCUCAACUGAAAGCCAGAGCAAAUUCUGAGCAGACCGACAUUGGUUCUGCUAAACCAAUCUCUUCGUUUCAGUCGAUGCUUGCUCACAUUUGGAGAGCAGUGAUCCGAAACAGUCACGGUCUAGAUCCCGACGAGGAAGUUCAUUGCAAGCUGUUGGUGGAUUUCAGGCACAGACUGAGGCCGAAGCUGCCGGAGGCUUACUUCGGGAACGUGGUGCUGUUCGCGACGGCGACGGCUUCAGCUGGAGAUCUGGCGGCGAAAGGGAUUGGGUUUGCGGCUUUGAAGCUGAACGAGACGGUGGAGAGGCAAACGGAUGGAGAAGGGAGGAGGUGGGUGAAGGAGUGGAUGGAGAAGCCAGAGGUACGGAAGCUGGGUGCCAUGGCGAGGAAUUCUCUGAUUGUGGCCGACUCGCCGAGGUUUGAGGUGUAUGGGAAUGACUUCGGUUGGGGGAAGCCCGUGGCGGUGAGGGCGGCGGGGAAUUACAGCGACGGGAAAGUGACUGUGUUGAGGGGGAAAGAAGAGGGGAGCGUGGAUGUGCAGAUUUGCCUGGUGGAUGCGACGAUGAAAGGAAUUGGGAAUGAUUCGGAGUUCAUGGAGUUUGUUGGGUGA